AUGGCGAUGAAAAUUGCUACUUCAACGCUUAAGCGUCUUGUAUCAAAUGUCGAAGUUGAACGGAAAUUCAACCCAGGACCAAAUUUUUUCUCAUAUCUGGCGAAUCAUGUCUGGGACACAAACCAAGCGCUACGCGCUAGGGGUCCCUUUACCGUUAUAAAAUGUCCGGGACAGCUUAUUCGCGACACAUACUACGACACUGAGGACCACCGUCUUAGCGGGCUAGGCCUGUGGGUUCGGCGGCGGGACGUCCGCACGCUGCCGACCGAUUCCCCCCACGCUUUAGCGCAAGCCACCAGUACUCAAGAUGAGGGACAGUGGAACGCCAAGUCACGACUCGCAGGUCACUAUAACAACUCACAAUUUGUCGAAUUGGACGGAAAGGCGAAGGUUUCCCAAGAGGUGCUGCGCAUCACUGAGAUGAGAACAAAGCUUGAAGACUUGCAGAUCGUCUCAGAUCUGUUGACGAACCGUUCAAUAUGGGAAGUGAAGGAGCUUAUGGAUGGUGUGGCGCCGUCGGCCAACAUGACGAUUGUCCUGGACGCUGUCACUGAGGCUGAGGCCAAGACUAGCGAGGAUGGAAGUGAUGGGCACGACGUCUUCAAUCAUACCAUUGGAGAGGUAGAACUCUUCGAAGAGGUUAUUACUGAGGACAUGGAAAAUCAGGAGCAUAAGGCUCACCGCAAGGAAAUUGCAGCACAGAGGAUGAAGGAGCUGGAGCAAUUCAUCUCAGCUCAUCCCGACCUUUUCUCCACGAAUCCGAAGCCAAUUGGAAAACUCACUGCGUAUGAUAUGUGGAGAGCUGCACAUAGCCGGCAUUAA